CGCCGCCUCGCAUCACCGAUUUCGACCUCUUGACUUUUGAAAAAAGAAGAAACGCGAGAAAGCUCCGUAAUUCAAAGUUCUGAUAUACGUCUUAACGAAAAGUGGUAAAAAAAUUGUUUUGAAGCCUUAUUGUAUGAAAAGUUUCAUAUUUUAUAUCUCGCGACACGUAUAUAUUUGGAUUGAAUAAGAGUAAUCAGAACAUACCUCGCAAAGUUGUAAAGUACCAUAAAAUGUUUUAUAUUGUAAACACGCGUGUUACAUGCGUAAAUUAAAACGAAAAAUCGAUUUAAAGAAUUCUCCUUAUCUUCCAAUUUUUCCAACAGAAUCUAAUGAUAUAAUUCUCUGUUUAAAGGUGCGAUUUUUUGUUGAAAUAGAAGUAAUUCGAAGAUAAAAUAUCGUCACUAUUCUUCUAAAAGAUCGAUAGGAUUUUAAUUAUUACGAAUUAGCGGAAAUGUACAGUGUACAUGUGACACCGGGAAGAUCCUCGGACCGGAAGAAGAAUCCGUCUGAUCUAGACGAGAUCGCAACGUACACAGGACGGAGGAAGGAAUCGAUCUCCGUGAAGCUGAAAAAUUAUAUCCGUUCGCAAUUUCAGCAGGACACUAUAUCGGAAGGAGAGCUUGAAGGACUCGGGGGCGUUUUAGGGAGCUCCGGGGGCGCCGCGCUCGCUCUUGGCGGCCGACACAAGCCGGAGGAACUCGCGACCCUCGCCGCCACCACGAGGUUUUCCCGGAAGGAGAUUCAACUGAUAUACCGGGGCUUCAAGCAAGAGUGCCCGACCGGCCUGGUCGAUGAGGAUGCCUUUAAGCAGAUUUUCUCUCAGUUCUUUCCGCAGGGAGACGCGAGUCAAUAUGCUCACUACGUUUUCAACACCAUGAAAAGGAAACCGUCUGGCAAGAUCAGUUUCGAGGAAUUUCUUUCCAUACUGUCAAAAGUGUCGAGAGGAUCGGUGCAAGAGAAGCUGCAAUGGGUAUUCGGCCUGUACGACCUAGACGGUGAUGGUUUAAUAAGUAAAGAAGAAAUGCUGGACGUCGUAGGCUCUAUCUAUGAAAUGUUGGGUCGUUACACACAACCGCAGAUCCUCGAGCCGCACGUGGCUGCUCGCGAACACGUCGAUCGCAUCUUCCACUUAAUGGAUGCGAAUAAGGACGGCGUGGUGACCAUCGACGAGUUGGUGCAGUGGUGUUCCAAGGACGAGCAAUUGUUGCGAAGUCUCGACACCCUGGACACCGUAUUAUGAGAUCUUAACGUCCCAUCGGAGUUUGCAGUAUCGGAUUAUCAACCACGCUUUGAGCAAUGAGUACGCCCAGUCACGCAAAGCAUCGUAAAUCUUUCCAUCGAUUUACCCACCUCUAUACAAACCGUAUAGAGUAAACUCUAUACGAACCGAAUACCAAACGAUCACGCGUACGAGAAACAAUAAUCGAAAAAGUCAAAACAGAAAUCUUUCGAAGAAGAAAAAUUCUUUUGAAAAAGAAAAUGUAAUUAAAUCUUCUUACUAAUCGUGAAUCUAUUAUUUGCAUGGAUGACAAUGUAAGCUGAACAAUUCAAACCUCCUUUUGCGAUGAAGGAAAAUCAAGCGUACCAUCACCUGAAAUGUCAUUGCUCGAAGCGUAUCUUCAAGAAAAGACGCUGAAAAACCCUUUUGCACGUGUCUUUGUAAAUAUGUAUGUAUCCCGUUUACCUACCCAGUCUUUCACAUACAACACCUCUGAUACAUCACUCGAGGGCCUGAAAGAACCGACGAUUAAAUUGCUUUCAACGUAUCUUGAAGCUUCACAGCUUUAGAAAAUGUUCGAAAACUUAAAGUUAUAUAUUGAAAUAUUAAAUUAUUAUAUAUAAAAUUGUUACAUUAGUUAUAAUCAUGUCUCAGAAAUGUCGAUUAAUCGCCGGUUCAUCCAGAUGCUCAAAUUCUUGCAAGAGAUAAAUAUGGAGGGAAAUUUGACCUACAAAAAAAAGGGAAAUUCAUGAUCUUGCAAUAUCGCAGAAUUAUUUUAAGUAUAAAUUUUUGCUCUAGUUUUGCAGAAUACACUUUCAUAAAAAUUCCGUUUUAUUAAUUUUUUAAAAGUUAUUCGCGUAGUGUUGUAAAGUAUUUUAGCCUCGAGAUUCUCAUAAUACUAUAUACAUAAAAAUCUCGAUCUUUUGGGCACAAGUCUGUCCUAUUUCCUUAAAAUUUUCAAAUUUGAUCUUUCAAUCUUAAUAUAUUAUCGUGAAUGCUGAAUUUGGAUACUUUAGCUAUCGAUUACGAAAUUAUACUUUGCUUAGACCAAGUGAAGGAAACCAACAAACGUGUUCUACCGUUCACCUGGUCUUUACAUCUCGUGUGAUUAUACUGUACCUUAUUAUUACAUAAUGUUAUCGACAUGAAUAUAGAAUUAUUAUAUUAGAGAUAUAAGAUAACCCGUUGUCUGCCAUGUGUAUAACAUUGAUAAUAACGUAAGAAUAUUUCUUAAAAUAUUUAUUCUUGAAAUUAUUAUAUGUCUUCUAAGCUCUAAUGUCUUUCUUGACUUUUCAAUAUUUAUAAUCUUGUAAUUCCUAAGUUUUACGAUUCUUGAAAUUUAUAAUUCUCUGUUUACAAAAUACUCAUCGCUCACGGAAAUCUAAAUUAUUUAAACAUUCUUGCGCAUCUUCAACUUUCAAGAAAACAGUUCUCUUUUUGCAAGUAAUUAAAUUUUCAUGGCAGAUCAGGUGUCGUAUGCCUAUUACACUACGCUCGUUCCCAAAAAUUGUUGAGACUUAAAAUUUAAUCUCUAAUUACAAAGAUAAGAUACAUAUUAUUGACUUUGUUAAGGGAAUAUUUCAUGGAUCUAUUUCUGGUUCGCAUGCACUUUGCGAAUUUCUCAGCGUUGCGAGCAAGAAACACCGUGUUUACUGAUGUUAGAGAACAUAUAGCGUGUACGUACAUACGUAUGUGCACUUUUUUUGUUAAAAUGCAUGUACACUCGUGCAUACCUGAGAAAAUAAAUCUACCUUUGUACCUCGAAUCACUGUGUUAUUUUCAAUAAAUACGCAUAUGCUACA